UGGAACGCUCCGCGGUGGAGUCGCUUGAGUGCCUGUCCCGGGCGGCGAGCCGUCGCUUCUUGAGCUGCUGGCGGUUGUGGCAUGUGUCCCAGAACCCGGGCAGUGCAAGCUGGGUUCAGCUAGAGAAGACGCGGUCCCCUCAGCGUUUAGGCCACGGGCGUCCAAGCCCGCUCCUCUGUGGCCAGAGAAGGGCCGGCCUCAGCAGCUGAGAGAAGCAGGCCACAGCCUUCCAGGGCCUCGGGCCCGGGGACCGGAGGAGGAUGAGCUGGCUCUUUCCCCUGACCAAGAGUGCCUCCUCCUCCGCAUCUGGGUCCCCCGGUGGCCUCACCAGCCUCCAGCAGCAGAAGCAGCGCCUAAUCGAGUCCCUGCGGAACUCCCACUCCAGUAUAGCUGAAAUACAGAAAGAUGUGGAAUACAGAUUGCCAUUCACCAUAAACAACCUAACAAUUAACAUUAAUAUAUUGCUUCCUCCACAAUUUCCUCAGGAAAAACCAGUGAUCAGUGUUUAUCCACCAAUACGACAUCACUUAAUGGAUAAACAAGGAAUAUAUGUUACCUCUCCAUUAGUAAACAAUUUUACAAUGCACUCAGAUCUUGGAAAGAUUGUGCAGAGUCUGUUGGACGAGUUUUGGAAGAAUCCUCCAGUUUUAGCUCCUACUUCAACAGCAUUUCCAUACCUGUACAGUAACCCAGGUGGAAUGCCCCCGUAUGCUGCCUCUCAGGGUUUUCCAUUUCUUCCUCCAUUUCCCUCAAAAGAAGCUAAUAGGAAUAUCACUUCUCUAUCUGCUGCUGACACCAUUUCUUCUUCAACAACAAGUUUGACCCCAGCCAAGCCGGCUGCCCCUUCCUUUGGUGUUCUUUCAAAUCUGCCAUUACCUGUUCCCACCACAGAUGCUUCAGCACCGACAAGCCAAAAUGGAUUUGGUUACAAGAUGCCAGAUGUCCCUGAUACAUUUCCAGAACUCUCAGAACUAAGUGUUUCACAACUCACAGAUAUGAAUGAACAAGAGGAUGUGUUACUAGACCAGUUUCUGAAUUUGCCUCAACUAAAGCAAAUUAUUACUGACAAGGAUGACUUAGUAAAAAGCAUUGAGGAACUAGCAAGAAAAAAUCUCCUUUUGGAGCCUAGUUUAGAAGCUAAAAGGCAAACUGUUUUAGAUAAGUAUGAAUUACUUACACAAAUGAAGUCUACGUUUGAAAAGAAGAUGCAAAGGCAACAUGAACUUAGUGAGAGCUGUAGUGCCAGUGCCCUACAGGCAAGAUUGAAAGUAGCUGCACAUGAAGCUGAGGAAGAAUCUGAUAAUAUUGCUGAAGAUUUCUUGGAGGGGAAAACUGAAAUAGAUGAUUUUCUCAGUAGCUUCAUGGAAAAGAGAACAAUUUGCCACUGUAGAAGAGCCAAGGAAGAGAAACUUCAGCAGGCGAUAGCAAUGCACAGCCAAUUUCAUGCUCCACUAUAGUGUUUCUUGUGUAUCCUUUACUUUGGAACUCCAAAGGGAAGCGUUAAGCCGUCAGAAACACAGCCUCGUCGGAGUCCCGGUCCUUGCUGCUGUCCUCGCUCGGAGCGUGCUCACCACCACUUGGAGACCGACAGCUCAAAUCCUCCACCCCGGACUCUUGGUCACUGUUGGCUGACAGAUCUGGAUCUGAGCUUUUCAAAUUGUCUUGGGUUAGAAUCAGAGCAGAAUCCUCAUCACCUUGAGAAGGGCUCCUGGAUGGAAAUGACUUCAUGUUCCCGCUGUAAUCCUGGGGAGUGUUGGCUGUGCUGUUGUCUGAGGUAGAAAACCCUGAAUGUCUGCUGGGUUCACUUUGCUUACUCUUCACUGUAGUGUGAUUUAACUGGACUUUCUGAAUUUUUUCCAGCCUCUAAGAAAGAAAUAACAAUUUUAAAUGAAAAUCAUAAGUAAUUUAUCUCUUUACAUACAUGAAUAUGUAUGCCUCUAAUACACAAUAUUCAUCAUCUCCCAGCUGGGUAUAAUGUCAGGAACAUGGGACUCAGAUGUGGUUUCAAACCUAGACUUUAUGACUGUAGACAAAAUCUGUGAGGCUUGCUUUCUUAGUUUGUAAGGAUGGUAUUACCUGCCUUGACAGAGGAUUUCUAUAAAUGUAAAUAAUAUAACACAGGUGAAGGAUCGGGCAAUUGCUGGUCUCCCUCCUUUGUAUACCUGUCUCGUUUAUAUAAUGAUUCUCAUCCCAUGUACUCAAAAUAACAUUUUUUAAAAAUCAAGAAUGAGAUAU